AUGUGCGAAAAUUAUUGUAGAAUGCAACUAUUAUAUUAGCUAAAGCAGAAAAAAAGUAUAGAAUCUAAUUAACCGUCGGGUUUAUAUUAGAAAAUCUCUUAUAUAGUAAAGAAAGCAAAAUAGUAGGCUUAAAAGUCUCUAGGAGAGACAUAAAUUUAAGCUGUAUUUAAUGAAACAAGAUUCUAAUCUUCUAAUAGAUAACAGUUUUAUAAAUAAAACAAAUUGAAGGAAAUAAAAUAUCAAAUUAGUCAUUUAAAGACAGAAUAAAAAUCUAUAAACUUUGAUUUUCAUUAAAAAGUUUCAAGAAGAUAUGCAAAAUCAAUCACAGUGUAAAGAGAUGAACCUCAAAAUGAACAACAAUAUUAUUAAUCACCUUAAAAUUAUAGAUUUGCAUAAUUUAAUAAUAGUCCAAAGAAAGUGAUAAUCUUUUCAUAAAGAGCUACACCUUAAAGAAAAAAUAUAAAUAUAGGAUUGAAUUUAGAUACAUUGGGAAGUUGGAGGAGGAAUAGUUAGGAUAGUUCUAAAUGA